AUGGGACCAUAUCCACAGUCAGUAUACUCAAGCUCUAUGAGUUCACGAAUUCCAAUUUAUUAUAAUCCGGAUUCGCACAAUCGUAAUUACAUCCAGCUACGCGAAUCUUCCGCUCCAUCACUACGACGUCGACCUAAGGAAACGACUUUCGGCGUUUCAGAAGACGAGUCUGAAGAGCACAGCUGGACGCCAGCUACAAUGCAGGCUUGUACAUCAAGUGCCAGUACAGCUGUACAUCACCGUAGCCCAAGUAAUUCGAUGGUUCAAUCAUCAACAAUUCGAAAAUCAAUUCCUAAUGGAUAUCCAAAUGGUUUCUCAACCACUAAUAGAUAUAACUAUUCGUCUAAUAAUAAUAAUAGUUCGCCAAUCAAUGGAUAUUCAACACAGCAGUCAUCAGCUCUUCGAUCGUCUAUGAAUUCUUCAAGGGCUUCUCCUCGAUUGGGACAUGUAACCUCAUCUAGUCCACGCUCAUCAUUAGUCAGCAAUUCAUCUCAUAACUCAGCUGGAAUAGGAGCAAGUCCUCCGUGCUCAAGACGAUCACCACAGUCGAAUAAGUCAAACUCCCCGGUUGAUGAAGAUUCACUCGUAACUGUCAGAAUGAGACCUGAUUUACACGGCCGUUUUGGAUUCAACGUCAAGGGCGGUGCUGAUCAGAAUUUCCCUGUCGUCGUCUCUCGCGUAGCUCCAGACAGCGCUGCCGAUAAGUGCCAUCCACGACUGAACGAAGGAGAUCAAGUGAUUCUAAUCAAUGGUCGUGACGUGGCCAACAUGGCCCAUAAUGAAGUUGUCAAUUUUAUUCGUAAAUUCCGAGAUGUCUCUGGCGGAGCUGAAUUAGUUUUGACUAUCAAGCCGAAUGUUUAUCGGUUGGGAGAUGAAUCGGAUGAGCCGGAAGUAAGCAAUUAUCCUGAAUCAGCUCGUGUUGCUGAAAGUGUUCCACGCAGCGAUAAACUAUCACAUUCUCUUCGCAUACUUGGAGAGACAUUAGCAAGUGGAAAGAUUGUCCAACAAUUUGAGCAACUCUAUCGUAAGAAAGUUGGAAUGACAAUGAAUGAUUGCCGUCUUCCACACAAUGUUAAUAAGAACAGAUAUCGCGAUGUUUGUCCUUAUGAUAGUACUCGCGUUCAUUUAGCUUCUUCAUCUAAUGGAGAUUAUAUUAAUGCUAAUUAUGUAAAUAUGGAAAUUCCAUCUUCUGGAAUUGUAAAUCGUUAUAUUGCUUGUCAAGGUCCAUUAGCUCAAACAACUUCUGAUUUCUGGUUGAUGGUUUGGGAACAGCUUUGUACAACAAUCGUAAUGUUAACAACAACAGUUGAGAGAGGACGUGUUAAAUGUCAUCAAUAUUGGCCAAGAUUAUAUGAGAGUCAGGAAUAUGGCAGAUUAAUUGUCACAUGCUUGAAGGAGCGCGAAACAACCAACUGUUGUUACCGAGAAUUCUCGGUAAAAGAUUGGAACACAAAAGAAGAACGACGAGUCACCCAAAUGCAAUAUACUGCAUGGCCCGAUCAUGGAGUUCCUGACGAUCCAAUGCAUUUCAUUCAGUUUGUGGAUGAAGUUCGCCGUGCUCGUGCUGGAAGUGUUGAUCCGAUUGUAGUCCAUUGUUCUGCUGGAAUCGGACGUACUGGUGUACUCAUUCUAAUGGAAACGGCCUCUUGUCUAGUUGAAGCCAAUGAGCCAGUUUAUCCAUUAGAUAUCACCAAAACGAUGAGGGAUCAACGGCCUAUGGCUAUACAGACACCUUGUCAAUAUACGUUCGUAUGUGAAUCUAUCCUUCGAGCAUAUAAUGAAGGAAUCAUAAAGCCGUUAGCAGAGUAUCAAAAGAGAUAA